UUUCUAAACACCUAUUGGUGUGUGUAUAUAUAUAUAUUCAAAGCUGAAACCAUGAAACCAAUGAGACAGCGCAAAUCAGAGUCUAAUUUUCUUCUUAUGGGCAAAUUUUCCUUCUUCCGAUGUGUACUUAUCAUGGUGCUGAUCACUUCUACGUUGUGGAUGCAGAUGCCUCAGGUUAAAGCUGAUUCGAAGGUGAGAAAACUGGGCAGUAAAACUGCGCCAGGCCCACCAGCUCCAAGCUCAAAUCCGAUGAAGCCUAACAACCCACCUAAUGAAUCUCCUCUCUUCGGUCUAAGAUUUUAAUAAUGGGCGGUCAGGCCCGCCCUUUUCUCUAAAUUAGUAAUUAAAUUUUUGGGUAAACAUUUUCAGGUAUAUAUCGGAUAUGACUUAUGCGUGGUAUUUAAUUUGAAAAUUUUUAGAUACAGUUUUUUAGACCUAAUACUUAUGUAAACACUCAAAAACUUAUAUUUGGUAUCUAACUUAACAGGACCUAGGUAAUUUGUAAGUAUAUAUUUGUGUAUUUAGUUUAAGAAAAGAAAAGAUAUUGU